GAUUCCUAGGGUUUUUAGGAGUAGCAUCGCGUCUUCCUCAGUUUCGCCUCCAAUAUAUAAACAUCAACUCUCUGUCCGCCAUUCGGCUUCUCUUUCAACCCAGAAAAACCCUAGAGAAAGGAAGAAAUCCCCGCGCCCCCAAAUUCCACAAUGAAGCAGGUACUCUCUUCCGAUCAAAUGGAAAUCCCAGAAGGGAUUGACAUCAAAAUCGAUGCGAAAAUCAUCGAAGUUUCUGGACCGCGGGGAACCCUAACUCGGAAUUUUAAGCAUCUUAACCUUGAUUUCCAAUUGACUACUGAUGAGGAGGGAAAAAAGAUUUUGAAGAUUGAUUCAUGGUUUGGAUCAAGGAAGACUUCUGCUGCUAUCCGUACUGCGAUUUCGCAUAUUGAGAAUCUUAUAACUGGUGUUACUAAGGGGUAUAGGUACAAAAUGAGAAUGGUGUAUGCUCACUUUCCCAUUAAUGCCAGUAUCACUAACGGUAACAAGGGUAUUGAGAUCCGAAACUUUCUUGGUGAAAAAAGGGUUAGGAAAGUUGACAUGUUGGAGGGUGUAACCAUUGUGAGAUCAGAAAAGGUGAAAGAUGAACUUGUCUUGGAUGGUAAUGACAUUGAGCUUGUCUCUCGAUCAGCCGCACUUAUUAAUCAGAAAUGCCAUGUGAAAAACAAGGAUAUCAGGAAAUUUCUUGACGGUAUCUAUGUCAGUGAGAAGGGAAGGAUCGUCGCAGAAGAGUAAGCUUUUGAUGCGGCUGUAGGAUUUUGUGUACUUCGAAUUUAAGUGUUUUAAUCUUUUGUUGGCAAUAUCUAGAGUUUUUUAGCUCGACUUGCACCAAACAUCAUUUGAUAGACAUUGUGUUUAAGUUUUUAUAUUAUUAUUACAAUUUUGUUAAGGGUGUUGAGUUAAAGAAAA